AUGGCGAAUUGGUCAGAGCUGACGGUAGAACUGUUGAGUAUGAUUUAUGAUGAACUCUCGAUAUUUGAUUACAUACGUUCCAAAGCCAUCUGUAAACAAUGGAACUCGAUCUACAAGUUGGAGCACCAUCGUCCUCCGAAGCCACAAGCUCCAUGGCUCAUGCUGCCCGGCGAUAAUAAUUCCACUGCCAAGUUCUUCUCUAUCGCCGAGAAGAAGACUUAUAACAUUCCAUGCCCGGAACCUAUGAUCCGUACAAGGAUCAAUAUCGGUUCUUGUCAUGGAUGGCUGACCACUGUGGAUAGUCUUUGCAACAUGUACCUUCUGAAUCCACUCACCGGGGCUCAAUUCCCACUCCCUUGUGUGACGACCAUACCUUUUGUCAAGACUGUUCAUGAUUCCCAAGGACAAAUCGUCAGAUUCAUCGUGGGACAAGAACGAAACAAGUUAUCUCUUUGGAGCAUGCAUGCGCUCUUCUUCGGCAAGGCUGUACUCUCUGCAGCUCCUGACGCAGACAAUGACUUCACCAUCAUGAUGAUCUAUGGCCUGUGGAAAAAUCUAGCCUUUGCUCGAGCUGGGAAUAAGGCUUGGACGUCUAUAAGCUCACCUUAUUGUUACACCGAUAUAAUACAUCACAAUGCCAGAUUCUACACUAUCAAUUAUCAACGUAUAGUCGAGGCAUGGGAGCUCGAUGAACUUGCCAUUAGGCAUAGCAUCAUCAACUCAGACUUGCCUUCGCAUAUUUUCCUUGGGUGCAUAUGCACAUAUUACUUGGUCGAGUCCCUAAAUAAUAAUUUGAUGUUGGUAUAUAAGUUCCAAAAUGAGUGGAGCCCUACUGAUAACCCUAAGAACAUUAUUUGCAUGGUGUUUUCCUUGGACGAGCAUGCUCUUAAGUGGAUAAGGGUGAAGAGCUUACAUGAGCAAACGUUGUUCUUGGGCAAAAAUCAAUCGAUGUGCCUCUCUACUAUAGACUUUCCGGAGUUGAAACAAAAUUGUAUCUACUAUACUGAUGAUAUGUUGGAGUUAUGUGGAUCUUAUAACACAUUUAAAAGUCAAAAGCCUCUUGAAAAUGCUCAAGCAUCUCCUCUACUUGAGAGCAAACUUCUUCCAACCUCAAUCAUCCUGCAAAACUGUGCCAAGAGUCGUAUUACCAUACCAUAUGUGCACGUUGAUCAUUCCAUGAUGGAAACAAGGUGGCCCCUUGGCCAUCACUUCCAAACCUGGUGGGGCUCCGCCUGUAGCCACCGCACAAGGGAAGGAGUGGUGCUCUUCCUCGCCCACGCCCUCGAGAGGCCAACCUUGAGCAAUGGAGGGCACCGGGCGUCCCUGUUCUCGUGA